AUGCAUGCGGCCGCCACGGACGUGCUGGAGCGCCUGGAGCGCUGCGCCAUCCGUGGCGCGCCGGAACUGGUCGAAGGCGACCUGACGGGCGGCGGCCUGCGGCCAUGCUUCCUGGUCGCCUGCCGGGAUCUGUGCGGCGGGAUCCGCCUAGUGGCCCAAUCGCUGCCCGGGAUUGGUGCCGAGGUCUCGAAUUUGGCGACGGAGGUGAUCGAAUCCGCGAAGAGCGAGGGGAGCGCGUCGAGCGGGAGGCUGGACGCGAGGCUGCGCGCCCUGGCCGAGAAGUUGGAUCCGGGCGGGGGAGCGGGGCGACUGGCGGCGGUGGAGGCCCUGGUGGCGUUUUUGCAAGCCGGCAGGAUGCGCCAGACCGCGGCGGGCAGGGUCGGGGGAUCCAGCCAGGUGGAGGGCGGGGUCGAUCGCGAGGAGGAGGGAUGCGUGGAGGUCAGCGGUUGUUUGAGGCGCCUGGCGGUGACGGCCAAAGUCGAUGUGGCUGGGGGCUCCGCCGAGGCCCUGGUCGCCACGGUGGCGUCCCGGGUGGAGGGCUUCCUGAGCCGGCUGCCAGAGGAGCAUUUUUCGUCGGCGAUUGGGCGGGAGGAGCUUAGCGAGGCGCAGCUGGGGUUGGUGGGGGAUAUCCAUGCCGCGAUGGCCGCGGAGUACGGCCUCAGGCGGCGCAUGCUGAUCGAGAGGGCCGGCGUGACGCUGCAGUCCUUCCUUUGGUCCGCCCGGCUACGCGAGAAGUGCACGGAGGCCGAGGCGGAGGAAAUCGUCCGGAAUGCCAAACUCGGGAUGGACCCCGAGCCGUCGGUGUCCCUGGCCGACCUGUUCGAUGCCCGACUGGCGGAUGUCGCAUCCGUGUCGGCGCGAGCGGGCGGGUCGAAUUGCGGCGCGUCGGUGAAGGGCGUGAUCAUCGGGCGGGUGCCCGACCGGGGCGGCCGGGCGGAGGGCCGCGAAGGCGAGGCGCUGCGCGGCAUGCCGGGUUUUCAGAAGCGGCAGGGGGGCGGAUGGGACGACGGCGGCGGUCGAGGGAGAAGGAAAAAGCAUCGAAAGUGA